AUGGCCAACGCCGUUCGGCCUCUGCUGCGAGGCUCGAAUGACCGGCAGACCAGACUCAACUUCUUGCCCGUGUCGCGCGAUGACGCCCUCGCCCACGCCCACGCACACUCGCACGCACACGUCCAGCGCAACACCACGCCCACCGCCACCGUCGCGACACGCCGGGCCUCGCGCUCCGGGCCCCUGAUUGCGCUUGCAGACGACGACAAGCCCGUCCUCCAGACCUCGCCCGACACGCCCGCCGCCCGCACCACGAGCAGAAAGCGGCCUGCCACAGAGGUCGACCCAGACCAGCCCGACUCACGACCGCCCACCAAGAUCACCGUCACACAACCCCACGACGACCUACCUAUCCCCAACCGUGUUUCCGUGCCCCUGCGCCUCGACGCCGCCCAUGUCCCUUCACCAGCGUCGACGCCGCGACCAGCCAGCGCUGGCAAGCUGACUGCUUCGACCCCAUCCGUCCCCGCCCCUGCCUCGACGGCCUCCUCGACUGACAAGAGGAGCCUGCGGAGUCACGACGGUGGAUCGCGCCUCAAGAGCCAUCUAGCCAUUUACUUUUACAACUACGACGACAUCAUCGCAGGCGUCUCCAAGGACGACGAACUCCUCGCUCUCGACACGCCCAUAUACAUUGUCGACGAACCCGUCAAGAGCAACACUCCUGCACCCACCACACCACAGCCCUCGCCCAACUCAGUGAGUCCAGCGCGCUCAAGAAGAGCGAAACCCGCCUCGCCUGCUUCGCCUUCGCGUCAUGGUUCAGAUGCGGCUAUACCCCCGGCGCAAUCCUCCACAUCUUUCCAGGUCCUCAACUAUGCCACCAUAGCCAAUGCAAUCCACCACGAGGAUGGCCAAGACCCCCUUGCCGACUCGGUCUACUUUACCCAGCACCGGCGAGCAGAGCGCAAGGAGAAGCAACUGCGCAACAUUGAAAAAGAGCGCGCUAUGCACGAAAAGGUGCAACUGGAGCGCCUGCUCGACGGCCUACAGGGCCCAGACUGGCUCAAGGUCAUGGGCAUAACAGGUGUUACAGACGGUGAGAGGAAGGAUUGGGAGGCUAAGCGUGACUACUUCAUCAGAGAAGUAGAAGCGCUAGUCGACAAGUUCCGCGUAUGGAAAGAAGAAGAGAAACGGCUACGCGCCGACAAGGAAGCGGCCCUAGCCGCAAAAGAAGAAGAAGAAGACGAUGACGAUGAAGCAGACGGUGACGACACGGAAGAAUCCGACAGUUCCGUUGCAAACACACGAGACGCCCCUCCUCCACAACACCAACCCAAGGAGCCAGAACCCCCCAAACCCAGACGGCCGCCUCGCCCCCACGGCUUCCUCCUUCCCCUCGUUCCACCCGAGCCUGCAGCACCCUUCCAGUCCUUUUACGCCAAACCCCAUCUCCGCGCCGCAGCACUAGGCAAGCACCGCCACGGCCGCAACGCCAGCGCCUUUGGCCAGCCCAUCCCCGAGUUUGCCGAAAAGGAAUUCGAACUGCCCGAUGACUUUAUCGAUCCCCAGUUCCUACGCGACAAUGCGAGACAGAGGCGAAGAAGAAAGCGCGAGAGUGGGGUUGGCGGUGCUGCUACUGCUGCAAAUGCGUCUUCUGCAUCGAAUUCGCAGUAG